UACGGAUCUUCAGGCCAUUACGUCCCUGGCAGCGACAUCCUCAGAAAGUGGAUCGCUGAAAAGAAAACUGGAACGCACAUCAACAGCAACGACAAAAAAGCAGAAAACAAUGAAGAAAGCAGUGUCACCUUCACAGGUGUCAAACAAAGAGUUGACCACAGUCCACAACGAAAUGAACACAGUCAAAUUAAUCAAUUUGAAGAAUUGGGCAGCAGUGAAUCUGAACAAGAAUCUGGAGGAGGAAGAGGAUUAGUUUGGAUUUCUGCGAGAUAUUGUUCCCCAGUCCGACGAACGAGUACAGUAUGUUGACAAUGAUUCUUAUUAUAUUCACUGUUUGUCCAGUGAAGGUCAUAGAGAAGGUCAUUCACCCGAAACAGUGGAUGGAUACUCAGAUUCAGAGUAUAUGGAACGAGAUCAUGAUAAUGAAUUCGACGACAAUGACGACACUGUACAAUCACCUGCGCAAAUGUAUGAAGACGUCAUUGUCGAACUUGGACGUGAACUGCCUAGCAAAUUUGUCUCUGGCAUCCACCGAUAUAUCAGCACAAUCAUUGUGCCGAGUGGAGUUGGGGGAGUUCAGGACUGUUUGCGUGAAAUGGACCGACUUAUUGAACGUUAUCCCUCAAACCACUUCUACAUUAUUGCCGAGCACGAAGAGCACAUUCACGUUGCACAUAUCUGCGGAUACACGGGACCAACUUGUAGGUGCUCCUUCCUCAUUCGAGGAACAUUUUGGAGCCUCUACAGAAGACGUGGACUUCGUCGGAUUUCUAGAGGCAUCGACCUCGGGUAGUUGUUUGGUAGUGAUAUUUUUAUUUUAUUUUAGUGAAAUUAUUAACUUUGUAGUAAUAUGAAAUUCCGAGUAUUUAUGGACUAUUGAAACUCGAUUAUCGCGAAAAAAAAUAGAUGAGCAAUUUCAUAGAAAUAAAUACAUUAUUAUCUUCACUAUUACACUAUUAUUACUAUAAUUCAGAACGUGAAACCAUACUGAUUAUUUUCUUUCCAUUAACCAAUAAAAUAUAUUUCGGACAUAUAAUUUAAAGUAAAUAAUCAACAUUAGUAUUAGUUAGUAGUCUCAGUCAUUACUGGUCAGCGAUUAGUGCCGUGUGUCCUUUUUUAUACAUUGUAUUUCAAAAUUAAACGAAUAACCAUAAUGUAUCAGUGGUUAAAAUCUGGUUCACUUAAAAGGCCUAUAUGUGAAAUAGAAGAAGAUAAUACUGUACGCCUGAUGGCGUCAUCGAUAUAGAAUACUGUGAAUGAUAUGAAUAAAGUUCAGGUAAAUAACUCAUUCAUUUAUUUAUCAAAAGAACUUUUCUACUUAUUAAUCUGUCGUUAAAUGCGUGCAUAUUAUGUAUUGUGCAAAUUAUAUUUUAUAAUUGUACAGUUUAUAUGUAUUUUUAUUGAUAAUAUUUCAAUAAUAAAUUUAUUUUAGUGUACUGAUCAACAUAGUAGCUCAGACUCAAAUCGCCGUAAUGUAAACUCGAAGAGUACCGUAAGAACUAAAGUGAGAAAGUAUAACACUGAAUAUUUACAAUUAGGAUUUACAUUUGCUAGGACUGAAGAUGAACCAAAACCACAGUGUAUUAUUUGCUUGGAGAUCUUGUCCAAUGAAAGUAUGAAACCUUCCAAACUACGACGCCAUUUUGAGACAAAACAUGGCGAAUUUACUAGUAAGUAUUUGGAUUUUUUUGUAGUCAAGUUAGGAGAAUUUAAAAAAUCACAAAAAGUGAUGAAAUCUUCGACAAGUUUAAAUGGUAAUAAAAAUGCCACUUUAGCUUCAUACGAAGUCGCUCAACUUGUUGCAAAAUCUGGUAAGGCUCAUACCAUAGCAUGCAGCAUACCAUAUCAAGCAUGCAGCCGGACUUAGACGAAAUUAUGAACAAAAAAGAAAGAUUUCACUUGUCUCAUAAAUUUUGAAGGUGUUUAAUCAAAUAAUUUUUUUUAUAAAUAUAUAUUUUUUUUUUGACAAAAUUUGUUUCUAUUAUAUCACGAAAAUGUUUAUAAAAUUAAAAAUUAAAUCAUAUUGAAAAUAAACCGUAUAAAUGUAUUUCUCAUUUUCAUAAUAAAAUAAAAUUGAAAAGUAAGUAUUUACAAAAAAGGGGUCCGCGGACCAAUUUAAGUUAUAGCUAGGGGUCCGUGGCUUCACACUAAUUGGGAACCGCUGGUCUAGUAUAUAAAGUUCCACAAAAACAUCAUUGUUCUACAUAAUAUAAAUAGGGCCUAAAAUUAAUACUUAUUCAGUGUGUAAUUGCAUUUCGUUCUGAAAGCACAAUCCGAAACUAUGGCGUACUUGGUACUGCAAAUAAAACAAAUAAUUUCACUUUCAUGGAAGCAGCCGGCAAACGGUCGGUUUUAUGGAACGAACCAAAUUAUGAGGCUAAUCACGUCAAUGAAUUAAAAGCAUUGUUAGGAGGUGAUUCUUGUCGUAUUUCAGUAAAAUACAAAUCAGAUCAAGCCAUACAAAGUCCACCUAUAAUAAUUUUAACUAAUGAUAAUUUAUAAGCAAAUACCAGCAUGCCUCCAAAUACAUAUUAUGCAGGCCAAUAGGGAUGUAGGAUAUCCUUUAAAUAGGAUACAGAUAUGUGUAAUGCACCGAAUAUUGUCCAUGUUCAUAUUGAGUCUGAAGACGAAGAAAAACGAGAAGGAGUCAUUGAAGAAAAGAAAAAAAAUUGCAAAGAAGACUGGAUUCAUGAGAAAUUGACCCUGUGUGCAAAAAGAAGACGUUGAAGUCUAUGAGAUGACCGUUUUAAGUCUCAAAUGUGACGGCACAUUGUAAUAUCUAUGUUCGGGAUAAUCGAUGUAUUGUAAAAAAAAGUUAAAUAGCAAUAUCUAUAAAAUAUCGUGGCCUAGUGGUGUAUGAGAAAUCACUAUGUAAUGCAACAUAGAAGUUACAAUAUUGACAUUUUAAACAUUCAUUUGGGUGAAAUGAAUUUUUUUUUAUCUAUAAAUAAUGAUGUAUCAUAGUCAUCACGUACGACAUACGUACUGCACAACAUAUUUAAAUAUAUAGUUAUAUUAUAAUAUGUAGUAUUGUAUAUUAUAUAUGUAUUAUAAUACCAUCUAGAUAACGGGUGUAAUAUUUUUUUUAGUUUAUUGUCCUAUUUUUUCCCACGUCUUAAUUGUCAUUUGCUCACGCGCACUGUUUACUGUUUACUUGUGUUUUUGAAUUUUUACUGCUAAGUAGUAAGUGACUAACAACAUUAAAUUUACCUGUUUGGCACUUUGGCAGUUUAAGUUAAAUAUACCUAUUAUAUUAUAACCUAUUCAUAUUAUUGAACAUCACUGUUUCGUGUUCGACGUUUCCGUCGCUACCUAUAUAUUGUUAAAUAUUAAAAUAUGUCUUCAAAACAGGUAAUUAUUCUAUGAUUAAACCAAGUAAUUAUAUUUAAUGUAAAAUUGGUGACAUAGUGCCAAUGUAAUAAGCAUUUUUUACUAUUUAAUUUGGUACCUAUAUAUAUUAUGAAGAUAUUAUGAAUGUGUUCAUACAAUUUUACCCUAGGUAUUAAAAUUAUUUAAAUACCUACCUUAUAUUAACAUUUAUGAUACUUAUUAGAGCUAUUAAUUAUUUAACUUCUUAAGUACCUAUAUCGCGAAUAAUUAUGUAAAAGGUUAAUCAUUAGGCUAUCAAUGGUUAAUAUCUAUCAACAAAUAUCUGAUUAGGUAGGUAUUGUUUUUAUACUCAUAUAUUGGAGAUUUUAAUUUUAGUUACCUAACAAAAAAUGAAAAAUAUGUUAGGUGAUGUCUAGACUAUCAUUUUACUUUAUUUUAAUUUAAAAUUACAAAAAACUCUAGUCAUUUAUUUAUACAAGAAGAUAAAUUUAAAAUAGUAACUUUAAUUGUUAUUUAGUGGGUUGUUGAUUAUUUUAACAUGAGAAAAAGUAUUCAGUUAUUACACACAACUGGCUCAUUCAAUGUGGUACAAUGUGGAUUUCUAGACGGC